AUGCCUUUGAUUUGGCUUCUGACGCUUCUCUUCCUCAUCUCUAUCCUCCUCCUCGGUGCCCUCAAACAUACCAAGCGGCGAGGACGGCAACCACCGUGUCCUCGAGGGUUACCGAUCAUCGGAAACUUACACCAGCUCGGAGAAUUACCACAUCAGUCUCUAUGUAGACUCUCAAACAAGUAUGGUCCUGUAAUGUUACUGAAACUUGGAACAGUUUCAACAGUUAUAGUUUCUUCUCCUGACACAGCAAAACAAGUUCUUAAAGAUCAUGAUCUCAAUUGUUGUAGCCGUCCAAGCGUUGAAGGAACAAGAAAGCUUUCUUACACCUAUCUAGACAUUGCUUUCUCUCGGUUUGAUGAUUAUUGGAAAGAAUUAAGGAAGUUAUGUGUUAAAGAACUCUUUAGUACCAAACGAACUAAUUCGGUUCAACCCAUUAAGCAGAUGGAGAUGAAGAAACUGGUUGAUUCGAUAACUGAAUCUGCUUUAGAGAAAACUCCGGUUAACUUGAGCGAGAAGUUUCUUUCUUGGAAUGUUAACGUGGUUUGCAAGGCAUCAUUUGGUGUGAGUUUCCAAGGGACUGUGCUCGACAAUGGAAGGCUUCAAGACUUAAUCCAUGAGGCAUUAGAGAUGAUGGGGAGCUUCUCUGCUGCUGAUUUUUACCCAUAUAUCGGUUGGAUUGUCGAUUGGUUCACGGGUUUACAGGCGCGGAGAGAGAGAAGUGUCCGAGAUCUCGAUGCUUUCUAUGAACAAAUGAUUGAUUUACAUCUACGGAAAGACAGAGCAGAAAGAAGUGAAGAUGAUUUUGUGGACUUGCUCUUGAGGUUGGAAAAGGAAGAAGCUGUUCUUGGAUAUGGUAAACUUACAAGAAACCAUAUCAAAGCAAUCUUGAUGAACAUUCUUGUUGGGGGAAUCAAUACUUCUUCAAUAACCAUGACAUGGGCAAUGGCGGAACUCGCAAGAAACCCGCGAGUGAUGAAGAAAGUUCAAUCCGAAAUCAGAGACCAAAUAGGGGAAAACAACAAAGCAAGAAUCAUAAGCUUAGAUGAGAUAGAUCAACUCAAUUACCUAAAAAUGGUGAUCAAAGAAACAUUCCGGUUACAUCCAGCAUCACCUCUUUUAGUCCCAAGAGAAGUACUAUCUGAAUUUCAGAUCAACGGAUACACGAUUCAACCCAAAACACGGCUUCAUGUCAACGUAUGGGCUAUUGGUCGCGAUCCGGAGAUAUGGAAAGAUCCUGAAGAGUUUAUCCCAGAGAGGUUCAUGGAUUGUGACAUUGAUGUAAAAGGACAACAUUUUGAGUUGUUACCGUUUGGGAGUGGUCGGAGAAUUUGUCCAGCAUUGUACAUGGGGACAACAACGGUUGAGUUUGGUCUUGCGAACCUCUUGUAUCAGUUUGAUUGGAAGUUACCAGAAGGGUUAGCAGUUGAAGAUAUGGACAUGGAUGAAGGUGCUGGACUCACUGCCCAUAAGAAACAUGAUCUUCAACUUGUUCCUGUUAAAGCUUUAGAUCUUUGA